UAGUCAGCGUCGUGCUGUGCUGCGUUAGAGUUAACUCUUCAUACCGGAAAUUGCGCGCUACCGGAAAGGGGACGCGUUUCCUGUUUUUCUCUCCGAGCGUCCCCGAAAACCGGGGCUCACGUGACGCAGGUUUGUGUGAAGAUGGCCACUCCAGUGAGUGCGCAGUGCUCCAGUAAGACGUGGGAGCUGAGUUUAUACGAGCUUCACCGCACCCCGCAGGAAGCGAUCAUGGAUGGCACUGAGAUAGCGGUCUCUCCACGCAGUCUGCACAGCGAGCUCAUGUGUCCCAUUUGCCUUGACAUGUUAAAGAACACGAUGACCACCAAGGAAUGUCUUCACCGCUUCUGCUCGGACUGCAUCGUCACAGCUCUGCGCAGCGGGAACAAGGAAUGUCCCACAUGUCGGAAGAAGCUGGUCUCUAAACGCUCCCUCCGCCCCGACCCAAACUUUGAUGCUCUGAUCUCCAAAAUCUACCCAAGCAGAGAUGAGUAUGAGGCUCAUCAGGACAGAGUGCUCGCAAAACUGAGCCGUCUACACAACCAACAGGCCCUCAGCAGCAGCAUUGAGGAGGGACUUAAGCUGCAGGCCCAGCACAGGGCACAACGGGUACGAAAACCUCAACACGAAUCGGACAAUACGACAUUCAGUGGCGGGGAGGACAACUGUGACAGCCGAUCGCACGUCAGCAACCCUUCUGUGCACAGCAACCAAGAAGCAGGGCCAAGUCGCAAGAGGCCUCGCGGCUCAGAGGAUUCCGGGGCCGAACCAGACCUUUCCCACGAGGGUGGCGGACGGAGCCCUGACCCUCCAGGGGGAGGAGAAACCGGGAGUGAGAUUGAGCUGGUGUUCAGGGCACAUCCGCUGCUGGUGGAGAAGGAUGGAUACAGUCAGACCAGGUAUGUGAAGACCACAGCAAACGCUACAGUUGAUCACCUGUCCAAGUACUUGGCUCUGCGCAUUGCCUUGGAGGAGGAGGCUCUCAGGGGAGGCACGGAGGGAGUGAGUCUGGAGGACGUCAGUGAGAAGCAGUACACCAUCUACAUCUGCUCUGGGGGGGCAGGAGGACAGUAUACUACCCUGAACGGUUCAUUAACGCUUGAGCUAGUCAAUGAGAAGUACUGGAAAGUGAGUAAGCCUCUGGAGCUGUAUUACGCUCCAACCAAGGAGCAGAAGUAGAGGAAGGGACCCCAUGGAAGGUGGGGAAGAGACUGGCGUCUUCCACCCCCACCCGGCAUUGCGGUUUGCGGAGUCGUGCCAUUGAAGCAGCGGACGACAGGAAGACUCCCGGAGAGUGCAGCCUGCAGCGGAGCGGAGGUGUUCACCACACCAACAUUGUCUGGCGUUUUGUAUGUGAUCCAGCGUGCCGCUGGUGAAUUGGACUCCGAUGGCGUGAGACACUACAGACUAUUUCUCUUUGUUAUGAUGUGGGUUACAGCAUCAUUGCAAUGCCCCUAACAAGCCCUGGCAAUAAGGAGGGUAUGACUAAAGCAGUAUCUCUAUUACACGGACUUUAUCCCUACAUAACACCCCGUCACGCGGCUGUCCGGCCACUUUUAAGACAGCCGUAAGGAGACAAAGUCUCCGGCAAGUUAGAGCAAUAACCGUCUCCAGCUGCACCCCACGGUCCGGGCAGCAGGAACAGGAGUUCCACAAACACACCUCCCACUUCAUCAUCUCGAUUUCAAUAUCAAUAUUCCGGCUUUGUAUGUGACUUUAACUCCCCCUUUUUCUUACGUGUUCUUAUUUAAACAAAUUAUUCUUUAUUUUCUUUAAAAAAAAAAAAAAAAUAGAAAUAAUUAUCCUAAAGUGGAACCCGGAUUAUUUAUUCCCUCUUUCCUAUUAACAUCAACAUGUUCUUAGUAUCCUUUUUAAUUAUGUAUA